AAAAGUUUGAAUAAGAACAGAAAAAUGUUUUUUUUUUCUAUAUAUUAUUUUAUUAAUUUUGUUGGACUAUUCUAGUCAUGGCUGCGGAAUAUCCUAGGAUAAAUAGCCAGCAUAUGUCUUUGGAAAUGAAGUUGAAGAAGGAGAGAGAAUUAAAACCUUAGCUAACUACUAGGAAGAGAGUGAUACUAUAGUGCAUUCUUCUUCCAUACUAUAUUGUUAUUGUUGUUAUUACCAUAAAAACAAGAUGGUAAGAGCUCCAUGUUGUGAAAAAAUGGGAUUGAAGAGAGGUCCUUGGUCUCUUGAGGAAGAUCAAAUCCUUACAUCUUACAUCCAAAAACAUGGUCAUGGCAACUGGCGUGCUCUCCCAAAGCUAGCAGGCUUGUUAAGGUGUGGAAAAAGCUGCAGACUUAGGUGGAUUAACUAUUUGAGACCUGAUAUCAAGAGAGGAAAUUUCACAAAUGAAGAAGAGGAAAAUAUCAUUAAGCUCCAUGAAAUGCUUGGGAACAGGUGGUCGGCAAUUGCAGCAAAAUUACCAGGAAGAACGGACAAUGAAAUAAAAAAUGUGUGGCACACGCAUUUGAAGAAGAAACUGUUGAAAACAAAUCAAACAAACUCAGAAGCUAAGAAAAAGGUGAUCACAAAACAAAAAAUCAAACGUUCUGAUUCAAAUUCAAGCACAAUAACACAAUCUGAAUCAGCUUCUGCAUGCACUACUAGUUCUAGUGAUUUUUCGUCGGUCACGGUUGGCGAAAAAAUAGAGGUAAAAAGUGAAGAUAUUGAGUCUAUGGAAGAGGAAACAAUGCCUGAAAUUGAUGAGAGUUUUUGGACAGAAGCAGCAUUGGAUGAAACUUCAACUGAUAUGAAAUCAAGUUCUUUGAAUAUCUCAAAUGAGAUAAUGCCACUUCAAUGCCCUUUAAGUAACUCUAAUGAAAUUUUCCCACAGAAUCAUGAUGAUUAUAAUUCUAACUUAGAUGAUGGCAUGGAUUUUUGGUAUGAUAUAUUCAUUAGGACUGGAGAUCAAAUAGAAUUGCCAGAGUUCUGAAUUUUUCUAAAAAAAAAGUUGACAAUUUCAAGUUUAGACGAGUUGGGUACCAGACCCUUCAAGUUGUUUGGUUUGAGGGAAGGAAGAAGGGUAAAAAGGAAAAUACGAAAACUGACGAAUGAAUUUGGACUAGGGUCUAGUCCACGUUCAUUUAUUAGUUUUUGUGUUUUCUUUUAUUCUCUGUUUUCUUCCCUCAAACUAAACACACUUUUAUGCAGGUCUAACGGCUCAAAUAGAGAUAAAUGUUGACUAUCGAGAUUCUCACGUGGACAAUGAGAUUCAAAUCUACAUUUUGUAUGAUAUGAGUCGUAUAUUUAUCAACCGAAUCGUCUUUCAUUGCCCAUGGUAACUUCAAUUUGAAUGUUACAAGGAAAGAAAGGAUGUAUUAAUAUCACAUUGUCUCUAGCAUCAUGAGCUAAAUCAGCAGCAGAGUAUUGGGCUAAUGAUGUAGAAAAGGGACUACAAGUGAAACUUUUUUUUUUUUUUUGGGUAUGUAUAUUGUGGCAAAAGUCUCUAACAUUUUUGGUGGUUUUAUAAAUUAAUGUUUAACUAGGAUUUUAGGUUAGAUUUUGAUUGUAAUACCAAUAAAUGAUGUACUAAACUUAGUAUGUGAAAGUAUUCAGAAUUAUUAUGCCCUU